AUGGGAUGGCCAUUACUGCUACCAAUAGUUACACUCUGUAUCUACUCUCGUCCUUCGAGUGGUUAUGAGAACGUGACUAUUGACUACACUUCAGCUAAGAGUUCAAGCCAAUGGGAGACCGAAGGUAGUUGCUCUGCUGGAGAAUGGAGUUCCUGCCUGGAGGGCGGUGUCCUCGCUUCCUUCUCGGCGAUAUUGGGAAAGGAAUACAGACUGUCCCAGGCAGCCAGGAUAGUCCGGACCAACACCGACACGACCGAACAGAGGAGCCAAGGAGGAUUCUUCUCCAGUUUAGCAAGAACAGGAGACGACUUCGUCAGGUCCGCCGGCCUAGAAAUAGAGCUCACUCCAGAGCUGACCGAAAACGGCCGGUUCCAGCCGAGGUUUGUCGACGAAAUAUACACUGAACUGGAUACCCUCGAGUUAAAAAACGCUAAACCACAUAAACAAUCUGACUUGAGGAGGCUGUUUAUUCCACUUUUGGUAAUAAUCAAACUAUUCAAAUUAAAACUUCUUCUUCUAUUACCUGUAAUACUGGGAGUGGCUUCAUUCAAGAAGCUACUUGGAAUAGCAUUCUUUGUUUUGCCAGCGAUCAUUGCUUAUUUUAAGGUUUGCAAGCCUGAUUUAGGCCAUAGUUACGGCAGCUAUGGACAUAGCAGCUUCUACAACGCUCCCCCAAGUUUACAUGAACAUCGUUAUACAGAAGAUGGAGCUGCUUAUGACAGAAUGUCUUAUCGAGAUUUACCUUAUCCACAAAAUCUUGCAUACAACGCAUACAGUCAUCAGUAAUUUAAUAAGAACUAUUGUAAAUAGCAGUCGGAUGCUAGUCUACAUAAAUUAUUUAAUGUGAAUGAUAUUGUACAGAUAGUAAACAUAUUUAUUGUUUUUAGAUAUAUGAAUACCGA